ACGUGACCGUUACGCUAGACAGGAAGUAAUGUAGAUUGAGCGUGUAUAUUUGUUUACAGUCGCGAGUUUUUCGUUUGCAACUCGCCGGGGCUGUCUUAUGUGAAUGAAAAAUAUUUUAAAAUACAUAGCGCGUAAUAUCGAUACAGGAUCCACCGCGCGCCUGAAAUGUUUAUGCCGCAUAGAUGGGAAUAGCACACGCUAAGAAGACAUGCUAAAGUCACGCUUUAUUAGCCUGCUAACUUCCAAGUUAGCCAGCUGGCAAAUAAGCUAACAUGGGAGUUACACAGGACACGGUGACCACUCACAACAUGUCUCUUAAAAUAUAAGGGACUAACGUUAGAUGAUGAUACAGAAUGACCAAAGACCCGGUGCAUCAUGGCGUUAUCGAAGUUUAUUGGGAUCACCACAUACCCCUUCCAAAGCUUGCUCCAGUCCAGGCCAAGGUCACUGUCGCCCUGGGGGCACUCCUGUGCUUCAUUAACAGUUAUGACGGGGAGUUUGUGUUUGAUGAUUCCGAAGCAAUUGUCAACAACAAGGACUUGAAACCCACAACACCUCUGAACAACAUCUGGAGCAAUGACUUCUGGGGAAGCAACCUGAGUAGCAACUCCAGUCACAAAUCCUACCGACCUCUCACUGUCCUUACAUUUAGGCUGAACUACCUCUUGGCGGGAGGCCUGCACCCUGUUGGCUUCCAUGUGCUGAACAUCAUCCUCCAUGCUGUAAUAUCUGCCCUUAUGAUUGACGUGUUUGCUAUACUGAUUGGUGGACUGGCCUAUGAUGUGAAGGGUAGAAUACUUAACCACGCUCCCAAGACCUCUCUGCUUGCUGCCCUCUUCUUUGCCACACACCCAGUCCACACAGAAAGUGUGGCUGGUAUUGUGGGUCGAGCAGAUCUUUUGUGCGCUCUAUUCUUUCAGCUCUCUUUCCUCACCUACUGCAAAGCUUUCAGCAGAGGAAGUGAAAGAGAUGACAGGUUUUCUGUCCAGUGGGUUGUGGUCAGCCUCUUGCUGUGUGCUGCAGCGAUGCUCUGUAAAGAACAAGGCAUCACAGUCUUGGGUGUGAAUGCAGCCUUUGAUGUCCUUCUGAUCUGUAAUGUUAAUGUGUACGAACUCAGCCAGAGGCUACUCCUUAGGAAGAUUCCACUCGAUGUGAGUGAGAUACUGCGAAUGGGAUUGCUCACACGGUUGGCUCUCAUGGGUCUUGGAGGACUUUUCAUGCUCUAUGCACGCUGGAGGAUCAUGGGAACAGGACCACCAGCAUUCACUGAAGUAGACAACCCUGCCUCUUUUGCAGAAAAUAUAUUUCUUAGAAUGGUGAACUAUAAUUACUACUACUCUCUGAAUGCCUGGCUGCUGCUGUGUCCCUGGUGGCUGUGUUUUGAUUGGUCCAUGGGCUGUGUGCCUCUCAUUAAGUCAGCCACUGAUUGGAGGAUGGUGUGGCUGCUGCUGCUCUGGUGCGUCCUGAUAGGCUUGAUAAGCCAAGCCUUAUGCUCGCAGGACCGCCAGAGAAGGAGGACACUGACCUUGGGCCUAGUGCUGCUGGUGGUCCCUUUUCUGCCGGCCUGUAACAUUUUUUUCAGGGUGGGCUUCGUCAUUGCUGAGAGAGUUCUCUACCUGUCUUCAGCUGGCUACUGCCUACUGCUGGCCUACUCCGUGGGACACUGCUGCUGCCGCUGGUCCAAAUACAGGAAGCUACUGUGUGUGUCGGUGCUUGCGCUGUUGUGUGUGUUUGUAGCUCGCUGUGCUCUCCGCAGUCACCAGUGGCGAUCAGAGCAAAGCCUCUUCACCAGUGCCCUGUCUGUCUGUCCGUUUAAUGCCAAGGUCCAUUAUAAUGUUGGUAAGAACCUGGCUGACAGAGGAAACUCUACCGCUGCUAUCGCAUAUUACAGAGAGGCAGUCAGGUUACAUCCUACCUACGUCCAUGCCAUGAACAACCUAGGGAAUAUCCUGAAGGAGAGGAAUGAACUGAUCGAGGCAGAGCAGCUGUUGUCCAAAGCUGUUUCUAUUCAGCCUGACUUUGCUGCAGCUUGGAUGAAUCUGGGUAUAGUUCAAAACAGCCUGCAGAAGUUUGAGGAAGCAGAGCAAAGCUAUUGGAAUGCCAUCCGCUUCAGGAAAAAAUACCCAGACUGCUACUAUAACCUAGGACGCUUGUAUGCAGACCUGAACAGACAUGUGGAUGCCCUGAACGCAUGGAGGAAUGCAACUGUGCUAAAACCUGACCACAGUCUGGCUUGGAACAACAUGGUCAUACUGCUGGACAACACUGGUAACUUGGGUCAAGCUGAGCUGAUCGGCCGAGAGGCUCUGAAGCUCCUCCCCAACGACCACACUAUCAUGUUUUCAUUGGCUAAUGUCCUGGGGAAAUUACAGAAAUAUAAGGAGUCAGAGGGCUUCUUCCUUCAUGCUCUCCGAAUCAACCCAAAUGCUGCUAGUUGCCAUGGCAAUUUAGCUGUGUUGUAUCAUCGCUGGGGAAAGCUGGAGCUGGCAAAGAAACACUAUGAGCUGUCUCUAAAGCUGGACCCUGAGGCUCCUGGGACCAGAGACAACUAUAACAUGCUGCGACGCAAACUGGACCAGCUUAAACGCCCCACACCCUGAGGAAACUUACUGGAACCCCUGCCUGCCGUAAAACACAUUUUUCCAUUGUUCUAUUUUGUAUUAUUUAAUCUCACUAAUUCCGGCUUUGUACCAUUUGGAAAUAAAGACCAUGAUCUGUG